AUGGACGUGAUAUGGCUAAAGCGCGACGUUCGACUGCACGACCAUGGUCCACUCCAUUUCGUCUGCACCAAUCCCAGCAAGUUUCGAAUUUGCAUUCUGUAUCUGUACGAGCCAAAUCAGCUCUGCGAACCAACGGUACAUGGAUCUCGCAUUGCAUUGAUCAAUGAGGGACUCGUAGACUUUGACCAGCAGCUAUCGGCCCUUGAUGACAAUACAACCGAAAAGGCGACUCCAGAAGAUUCCACGGAGUCGUCCACAUUGGUGUUUCAAUAUCUGACUGUUUGCCAUGGCAAUGCCGUACCGGUGCUCGACCACAUUCACUCCACCUACACCAUACGACGGCUCUUGGCACACGAAGAGACGGGUCAUUAUGCAUCGUAUCAGCGCGAUAGAAAAUUAAAGGAGUUCCUCGACCAACCAAAGGCUACCGUCAACAUUACAGACAAUAUUAUGAAAUCCCAAAUACGACAACUCACAUUGGAAUGCCACGAGGAGGAUCCCACUAGCGACGACUUCUUUCGGGUGACUCGAUAUCCUCUGUUGGAGCAACUACUAGUACAGGAAAUCCCAGCGGAACAUCGCAUCGACCGACCACGCCGACAGCGCGGAGGAGAACGAGUCGAGUCGGCCACCAAGGCACGUUCGGAAGCCUUGAAGCAGCAAUCUCCUGACACGGGAUCCUUUCGAACAUCAUUGGCAGCCUUUCAGUCGCGCCUUCAUUGGCGCUCUCAUUUCAUUCAGAAGCUGGAAACUGAUCCCCUGUUGGAGAAGCGUGACUUGCACACUUCGUAUCAAACACUCCGGCGUCAACCGGGUGACUGGAACGAUGCCCAUUAUCAAGCGUGGGCCACUGGCAACACGGGAUUCUCGUUUGUGGAUGCCUGUACCGGUACGAGGUGUUUGAGACAAACGGGAUGGAUCAACUUUCGAAUGCGCGCCAUGUUGGUCAGUUUUGGCACCUACAAUCUCUGGUUGGAUUGGAAACGAAUUGCUCCCCACCCGGCUCGAGUCUUUGCGGACUAUGAACCUGGCAUUCAUUACCCACAACUGCAAAUGCAAGCAGGGACGACAGGGAUCAAUGCCAUGCGAGUCUACAAUGUGGUCAAGCAGGGUAAGGACCAGGAUCCAGAAGGUGUCUUUGUCAAACGGUAUUUGCCGGAUCUACAGCAUGUGCCAAAGAAGUACAUUCGUGAACCCUGGAACAUGCCCAAGACGACAAAACAACAAUGCAAAGUAAAGGUUGUGGUGCUUGGCCAGCCAAACAGUACUGGUAGUGAUAAUGAGAGCUCUGACACUGAUGAUGUACAAAGCUAUCCUUUGAAAAUUGUGGAUCCAAAGGAGUCAGCCAAGGUGGCCAAAUCCAAAGUUCACAAUAUUCGAAAGCAAGAAGAAACACAGAAACUUGCCCAGGAGGUAUACCUGAAGCACGGCAGUCGAAGCCGACGCGAUUCGAUUCCAAUGAUGAAAAACCCAAAAAGAAACCGACUCCUGCCAAAGAUCAACCAGGAAUUCGAUCAUUCCUUGUCAAACAACAAACACAAUCAACAACCCGAUCAAACACAGCAAAAUCACCAUUGGUGGGGGGCAAGAGGAAGGCAACAGCAGAACAACUGCCUCAAGGGAAUGCAUUGA